AACCACUUCCUCCGAGCACCCAACCCGGCCAUCUUUAUUUAACUCAUUCAUUAAAAGUUUUUGUAAACACACUGGAAGAUUGUUGCAUUUGGUUAAGCAUCUGACGAACGACGGGAUACAUUUCAAUUGUUUUUGUAUCGGCGUGCUCCAGCGUAUGCUACAGCGUAGCGUAUUUCUGCCACAGCCAAAGUUGGACUGAAAGCGUUAGAAUGAGAAAGAAGCAGAAUGUGAAACAGAGGAAGACAGAGACAAUAACUACAACAGUAAUAACACCACCACCAUUAACAACACCAUCACCAACAACAACAACAACACCCCCAGUCGUCCAGGAGUUCGUGGUUGAGAAGAUCAUCCGUAGAAGGGUCUCCAAUGGAAGAGUAGAGUACUAUCUGAAGUGGAAAGGAUUCACUGAUGCUGACAACACCUGGGAACCGGAGGACAACUUGGUCUGUCCUGAACUGAUAGAAGAGUUCCUGAGAAACCUCUGUUUGUCUGGAGAGAAUCAGGUUGAGGAAGAGAACCUACGGCCGGUGGAACCAGAGCUAGUCCCCAAAGAGGAACUGGCAGAACAAGAGACUGAGAUUCAGGUGUACAGCAAGCAGAGACAAAAUGACCUCCAGGAGCCAGCUGACCAGGAGUCUGUAUCUCCUACUGACCUCACCCUCACCUGCCCCCUGGAACCUGAACGCAUCAUCGGCUCCACAGACAGACACGGAGAGCUCAUGUUCCUCGUCAAAUGGAAGAACUGUGAUGAGGUGGCCCUGCUGUCAGCUAGGGAGGCCAGCGCCAGGUGUCCUCAGGUGGUCGUAGCCUUCUACGAGGAGAAACUCACCUGGCACUCUGGGGAUGAGGACCAGUAAAGGGUGUGUUGUGUGUGUGUGUGUUGUGUGUGUGUGCAUGCCUGCUGUGAGUGUGUGUAUGUGAGUACACAAGUAUGGAGGUGAACUGACAAGCAUCUGUAGGCAGCUCCAAGGUUAAUUUCUCCUCCACCGAACCAAGGUCCUCCUUGAGCUGACAUUAAAGGCACAGUGUGUGAAACGAUGGCCUGCUGCAGGUAGAUUGAGUCAUCGUGGCAGGUGUAAAAGCCCUCUACAGGGUUGGCUGGGCCUCUUCCUGCUUCCUGUGGUGCUGUGUGAGGUCACAAUGCCUUUGGGGAUGUAGUGCAGAGUGUGGUGGAGUUCAGAACCAUUCAUAGAGACUUAUAUCUCUCUCUAUGGCUCUGAUUGAGUUGAAACUAAUGAAAUGAAGGCAGACACUGCCUGAUGACCUGAUGAAUGCUCCCCCAGUUUAUUGUGCAACAUUUCGACCCGAAGCUCUUUGUCAAAGCCUGACAAAGUGUGUGGGAAUCUCUCUGGAUUUCAUGACUUGAUUUUUUAAAUCCAGCACUUAAAAGUGACUGGAUGUGCGUACACUACGUUUAAAGAGUUGAAACGAACCCUUAGCAUUUCUUUCCCAGUGUCUUCAUGUACUGUAGCAGACUGAAUCACUGUGGACACUGUGUUCUGUUGACUUUGACUACUGUUACUGUUGUAGCAGAAACCCAUGUGAUUGUAUUGGAUUUAAGUGCUAGAUUUAGUUUCUUGUAUCUUCUGCCGUUGUUGCACUGUGGCCACAAGGCACUCCCUCCGGCUCUUCCACUGUGAGAUGUCUAUGGUUUUACUAAGUAGGACACGUAUCUUGUAUAGUAAUGGGUUCAAUGUGCAUUAGACUCAAUAGAUAACUACUGUCCACCUAAUAUGAUAUCUGCACCAUUUCGUUUUUGCUACAAUCCUUGAUAUUGUAAGUUUUUUUGUGUGAGAUUCAAAGUUGAUGAAUGUGUUACAUUUAGUUUACUGACAAAUGUAGAAAAGUGUUGUAUGAUAGUAGAUGGUUUGCUGUUUAAUGUAGAACAUGAUAGUAGAUGAUAUGCUGUUUAAUGUAGAACAUGAUAGUAGAUGGUAUGCUGUUUAAUGUAGAACAUGAUAGUAGAUGGUAUGCUGUUUAAUGUAAAACAUUAUAGUAGACGGUAUGCUGUUUAAUGUAGAACAUGAUAGUAGACGGUAUGCUGUUUAAUGUUGAAAAUGAUAGUAGAUGGUAUGCUGUUUAAUGUAGAAGAUGAUAGUAGAUGGUAUGCUGUUUAAUGUAGAAGAUGAUAGUAGAUGGUAUGCUGUUUAAUGUAGAACAUGAUAGUAGAUGGUAUGCUGUUUAAUGUAGAAGAUGAUAGUAGAUGGUAUGCUGUUUAAUGUAGAACAUGAUAGUAGAUGGUAUGCUGUUUAAUGUAGAAGAUGAUAGUAGAUGGUAUGCUGUUUAAUGUAUAACCAAACCAAGGGUUGUAUUACUGACCAUGGAGAUUUUAUGAGUUACAGUGUGAUCAAAAUGUGACGUCACAUAUGAAAAAGUGUAUCUGAUGUGAAUAUGUUCAUUUGACCCAGUCACCACUUGUUCUCAGCUACUCUUAACCAAAUAUUUAUCCACCAACCUGUAUUUGUUACUGAUAAAUCAUUGUUUUGUUAAGGGGCCCAUAGUUUAUCCUGAUGGUGCAUAUACAGUGGGGAGAACAAGUAUUUGAUACACUGCCGAUUUUGCAGUUUUUCCUACUUACAA